AUGCUGGAAGAGCGCGCGGCGAAAUCGCCGGUGCAUGCGAGACGUUCUGUGACGCAGGACCGUCGCAGCGAGUCGCGGCCUAUAGGUGGACAUGAUAAAGAUCCAGAGCCCAGUGAUCAGGAAGAGGAGGAUGUGGAGUCGGAUGGCGCUGAAGUCGAGGCGCUGGCUGGCGACGAGUUCAGCCGGCAGCAGGCGAUCUAUUCUACGCAGCAGCGGAAUAUGGGUCUUUUAUCGCAGCUCAUGGACGAGGAACAGCUUGAGCGGCACAUGGCGUCGCGUCGCGGCACAUUGAACAAGGCGGCUGUGCGCAAGCUUGUGAAUCAUGUAAUGUCCCAGUCGGUGAACCAGCAUAUUGUCAUGGCUGCUAGCGGUGUAGGCAAAGUGUUUGUUGGCGAGAUUGUCGAGCUCGGUACGUGCCUCGGUACGCUAACAAAAGCACGCGCUGUCCAGCAGGAGCGACGCGAUACGGGGCCAUUGCUGCCUGUGCACUUGUACGAGGCAUACCGGCGCUACAAGUUGCGGCAGGAGCGACCGGGGCGAUACCCUCCAGGAGGAUCGAGCGGUGCUGCUGGGCUCGGCAAACGGCGACGCAUGUUUUAG